AGCUUGGUGUUCUGUCUUUGGAUUGCAGGUGAGCUCUGUGUUGAGGCUCUUUGCAAGAUGGAGCAAAUCAACUUUUCCUAUCAGGUGAUUGGCAAACAUCCAGGGAUCUAUCUCCUCAUGGUCCAUCCCAACGAAGUGAUCCGCCGGUGGGCCCUCCUGACAGCCAGGAACCUGGGGAAGGUGGACAGGGACGACUACUACGACAUCCAGGAAGUCUUGACGUGCUUGUUCAAAGUCAUCGAACUGGGCCUCUUCGAAAACCCAGAUAUCUACAACUCAUCCGUGUUUGAGAAGGGGAAGCUCAUCCUGUUGCCUUCCCACCUGUAUGAUACCACCAACCACAAGAACUACUGGCUUGGCAUCUGCAUGUUGUUAACGGUGUUGGAAGAGCAAGCUAUGGAGACGCUGCUGCUUGGCCCAGACAAGCAGAAUGACUUCAUGCAAUCCAUAAUGAACACCAUGAAGAAAGAAGCAGAUGACGGACGUGACGAUCCUUUCUGGCCUGCGCUCCACUGUUUCAUGGUGGUCUUGGAUAAGCUUGGAUCCAAAGUGUGGGGCCAGCUCAUUGAUCCAAUCCAGGCAUUUCAAACUAUAAUCAACAAUACAAGUUAUAUUAAAGAAAUAGAGCACAUUCGUCAGAGUUGCAGAAGGACAAAAUCUGAGCCACCGUCAGACUACGGAGAUGAAAUGAUUACCUGCAGCCAGAUUGUAUAUAACUACCACCCGGAAAAGCCACACAAGGACAUUGGCUGGAGGACUGCUGUCUGUCCAGAUUACUGCCCCAAUUUGUAUGAGGAUAUGCAGACCCUGAGCGACAUGUUCCAGUCCGAAAUUGGCCGAGACAUGCAGCUGCACAACAGCACCUUCCUGUGGUUCAUCCCUUUCGUGCACUCCCUGAUGGACCUCACGAACAUAGGCGUCGCCUACGGCGUCGAGAUCAUCCGUCACUUGUGCUCGGAGGUCAGGGUGGUCCCCAGCGAUGCCCUUCAGGGUGGCGACAAAGUGUCUGAGUUCUUCAUCUGGAUCCUGGUGACGGUGGUCGAGCUCAGCAUCAAAAGAAAUUGCUUUCAGUCGCUGUGGAUCUGCUCGGAAAAGUGGGUGGAGACCGUGGUGAAAUGCGCCACCCUUCCAAGCACAGUCUUCGCCUGUGCUGCCGAGAGGGGAGGGACCAGAAGCUGCCCUAGAAGCGCAUCGGCCAUCUCCUCCUGGGAACACGGGUCAGUCCAGUCUGCUUGCAUGAAUCUGAUCCGUAACAUCCUGAAGGAAGGCUACCAGGUCGGGCAGAAAGCAACGCCGUUCCUCGACGAACUGAACCUGCUUCGGCGCAGCCACAAGGACUGGAACCUGAGCCCCGAGCGGGCGCUGGAGCUGCAAACCUGCCUGAAGCAGAUCAUCUGGCAAAGAAAGUUGAACCCUGUGCCUCACGUGGAGAGCCCCACUGCCUGUGUAUCUCCGCCCUCUCUUUCAGUAAAGCUGGAGUGGCAGGAGGACAGGUGUCUGGCAGAUGCAGACUACAGGCAUGGGCCGUACUUGUCCCCGAGAGGAAGGGAUGACGUCUGCCUGGAGGGCUCAUCACCCAGGAAAAACCCUGGUCUGGGCAAGGAGCAGUGUGCACGCUCUCCUAAAGACCAGCCUCUUCAUCGAACUUCAGAGUGCCUUUUGAGCAACGUUAAACAAGAACCCAAAGAGAGUUUGGUGCAGGAGAGCAAUAACUUGAGAUUCAUGUUCGCAAAAGGACACAGAGAUGCCCAGAAAAAUGGAAGGGUUUUCCAAGGGUUGGGGGAUCAGAGUGAAUCAGAUGCCACCUCUAAAAGUUGUUUCGAACAAGCCUUUCAGAAUAUGGAGAAAAAAGAGGUCAUACCGAAGGAGGAGAAAGCCAGCUGUCUGGCUGAAAAUAAUCACAGCGACAGGAAUGGCCACAGUGCUUCAAAGACCAAGGUCGGUCUGAAUAACCUUGUGAACAAAAAUGAAUCGAAGAAGCCAGACUUGACCUUGAAACUAAAGCAGUUGUUUGGAAAUCAGAAGAGCAAAAAACCCGCAUCCGGGCCAGAUACAGACAAGCCGCUGCCUGCUAACAGCGGAAGCAGUGGCUGGGAACGGCCAAGGGGGGAGGUUGCUGCACCAAGCUGUGGCACAUCAAACGUGUCACUCUGCAAACUGGAAACGAGCUCAAGUGAUGCUUUUCAGGGCAAGCCCCUCUGCAUAAAAAGGGAGUCCAAGGAUACACUGGCCGACUUUAGAAAUACCCUGAAAGCAGCACGGGAUUCAGAUGGAAGCAGCACUGAUGAUGAGACAGCCAAUGUUCCUCUUACAGAGAUCAGGCAGCAGCUGAUGAAAAAGACAUCCCUUCGCACGGGAAGCCCACUGACCGAUUCUCAGGUCGAUAGAGACCUUGGUAAAAUGUCCUUAGCUGCGUAUGCCAAAGCAAGCGAUUUUCCUGUUUUGAGCCAGGAAAACACGGUCGACUGCCAGGAUCACAUUCAAAGGAAAGUGCAAGGUGCCAUCCGGUCCUGGUCCGACUGUGAGAGUAAAAGGUCAGUGUCUGAUGCAGACAGUCCUCUGGACCAAGUUGUCAUCAUUUCGGACACAUCCUCCGAUGAGGAUGAAAACAAAGUGAAUGAUGGUAGAAAGAACAAAAAAGAGAACAUGCCAGCUUGUCUUGAGAAGCCGUCCGGUGCUCAGGGACAAGAGAGAGCGACCACAUCAAAUUACCCGGCUCUGUAUGAUGAAUGUGAAUCACAGUGUUUUGAGUUUGAGACCGAUGAGGAAAUUUUCUCUGUUUGGCAAGAUAGUCAAAUGGAGGAGGAAACAGAGGACAAAGGCCUGGCAGUGAAGCCAAGCAGCUGCCUCAUAUCCCAUGACUUGGAGGUGGCCAGGCAGCUCAAUGACUGGGGUUAUGAUACAGACUAUCUUAAGGAGGAUAUCAUUGAAAAAGCAGCAGAUGAGCUUGAGCAGCAAGUGAAAGGCAGCAGAAACGAAGCCAAAGCUUCGUCAGCACGGUCCAGCAAAGGGCACGCCAGCAGAGGAAGUGAAACCGUUUGCCCAAAGCAUGUCGCGAAGAAGCGUGCCGAUGGUGCUGUUGGGCCCACUGCAUCACGCUCAGCAGGUUCUUCUGCACCAAAGCCUGCUGGUGAAAACCUGAGGCUGGGGAAGAGUGCGGUGAAAUCCCAGCAGGCUAAAACAGCAAAUAAGCAAGCCGAGAAAAGAAGCGCCAAGCCAAACGCGCACAACAAGAAGCUGCCCACGCCGACUCCUUUUAUUGUCCCACCAAGGAAGGUCCACCAUUUUCCUGAGCCAACAUCAGCGGUGGAAAAACUUGGCUUGAAGAAGAAACCCCGCAAAGCAGCAGAAAUGUCUCAGCGUACUCAAGACAGCCUUGCUGAAUUGCGUAACUAUGGUAAAACUGCUGGCAAGCUAAGUCCACAGAAACGGAAGACAAAAUUAAUACAGCCUCCUAAUAUGAUUGUUAGAAACAAAAAGUUGUUAGCCUCUCAGGAACGCCAGUUCUACAAGCAGUCGAGAGAAAGGGUUCAGGGCAGCAGUGGAGGGAGUCCUAGGACCCAAUCCAGGAAAACAGCAAAGAAAGCAGAUGCAAAGGGAUGUGAACCGCCUGCCAAUAUAGUGGGGGUCAAAAAUCAGAAGGAAAGGGCUGCUUGCUUCCGGCGUUCUAGUGGUGAAAAAAGUCUGUUAAGGCAGAGCUCACUGGAGAGAGAGGGAGCCCAGCCUGCACCUGGUUCUCCGGUAAAGAAAGCUGCUGUAUCGACCAAGGAAGAACCAACCCUUUCCCAUGCAAAAGGCCAAGAAAGCCCUGCUCCUGUUCCAGGCAGUUUAUUUCAUCCUCUGACUGGAAAUCAUAGAACAGACACUUCAGUCUUUCUGGGUUCUUCCUCGAAACUUUGCCAUGAGAGUACUACUUUGAAAGAAAGUGAAGCUAUGGUUGUGGAGGACAUCUUUGGAGAGGACGAUGGCUUGUUUUUAACCCAGAGGGACCCCGUGGACAUGGAGCUGAGUUCACAAAUGGAUGACGAAGACAUGGAAGCAAUAAUUGUCCAAAGCCCCUUGGAGGAUCACUCCUUCAGUGGUGAGAAACUGAAGCAUGCAGGUUGUACAGAACAGGUGAAUAAAGCAGGUGUCUGCCUUGGAAACCAUCCUGCUCCUGACCCACCAGACCACAUGUUUGCCAAGCCUUUGGCACCUCCCAGACCUUCCACGACUAAGAUCUUCAGCUCCAGCUCUUCUUCACGGAGUGCCAACCUCACCAAGGACCUUGACCACGUCCAGAAGCCUGCUUGGAGGAGCAGGUCAAAUCCAGGCAGUUCUAAUGGCUCAGAUGGUCUGAAGCUCAAAACCCCAACAUUUAGUAGUAUUUUUCAGCCUCAGAGUUUGAACAACUUCUUGUCACAUAGACACAAUAACCAUGCUGUGGAAAGGGGCAGAAUGCUGACCGCCAUCAGUUUCAAGCAGGAUGCAAACCCAGCCUUUUCACAAGCAAAUAUUGCCAGCGUCAGGCCGAAAAACGACGACACUUUCAUCGAAGAGAUCCUGAAAUGGACCUACAACAUGUUUAUAGAUCUUGGUCAGUUGGGGGCGCCAAAUCACCUCCUCACACCUAUCGUGGCCUCUGUUCCAGUUAAAUUUCAGAAUUAUGACGACCACUUCAAUACGUUCUUCCCCCUGAUGAUGCUAAAUGCCUUUGAAGAGGUGGCAAGCGACUGGCAGGAGAACCAGAAAGCAAAAGAGGCCAAGCCGUUCUUCUUGAAUUUGCAGGACUUCAAUGCACAAGUGCAGACAGCUGAGUUUAGAGUUACCAUUUUGGAAAGUGAUCUGGAUAAACAGCUGUAUCCAAAGGAGUAUGACCUGGUUUUCUUGAGAGUGUCUGAGAAACGCCGUGAAGGCGAGUCGAGGAGCAAUCUGGUAUACCACGUUGGCCUCGUGAUUCGGUUUUCUCGGGUUCCAGAAGAUAAGAAGCAGCAGCACGUUGCCUGCCACCUCUCCAUAAAGACCCGAGGAAACUUGUCCCGUGUUGAUCAGCAAGUCCAGUGUGUGGUGGUCAGUUCUUUGGCAUCUACGAAGCGCAGGUUCCGGGCCUUGCUUUUGCUGAAGCGCAGCCCCCUCAUCAAUGCCAUCCUCAGCCCAAGUUACAGCAACUUCUGUCCAAGCAGCAUGAACAUGGACUGUCAGAAAUCCGCGUCUUACAUGGGAGAAUACAAUGAAGAUCAGUGGAAAGCCAUUGAAACUGCUUACACAAUGGUGACCCAGCAUCCAUCGUUGCCCAAAAUUUGCCUGAUCCAUGGGCCACCCGGAACAGGGAAAUCGAAGGUCAUUGUUGGACUAGUGUGCCGCAUCCUUGGUGAGAGAUCUGGGAAGGAGACUCCCAUGCAAAGCUGGAAUGCCAAGAACAAGCAAAAUCGUGUGCUGGUUUGUGCACCGUCAAAUGCCGCCGUUGAUGAACUGAUGAAGAAAAUAAUUCUUGAAUUUAAAGGAAAAUGCCCUGACAUGAAGAAGGCUUUGGAUAAAACGGCACCUGGCAAAGACCAAGACCUCCAAAGGAGGAAGGCCGACCUCGAUCGCCAGCUGGACAUGCUCUCCCGCCAGCGUGCAAUGAACAGAGGCGAGGCGGAGAAGAAACAACAGUUAGAUGAAAAAAUCACCAGGCUUUCCAAAGAGAGAGAGAGGCUUGCUUCUCAGCUGAAGGAGAUUCGCCACGUCUCCCAGGAAAUGCAAGCGAAAAUCAUCUUGGCGUCUCACAUCAUCUGUUGCACGCUGAGCACCAGUGGUAUAGCGCUGCUGGAGACCACUUUCCGGAGGCAGGGCAGUGACCCUGUCAGCUGCGUCAUCGUGGAUGAGGCAGGGCAGAGCUGCGAGGUUGAAACCCUCAUCCCGCUCAUUCACGGCUGCAAGAAGUUGGUCCUUGUUGGAGACCUCAAGCAGCUGCCGCCCACUGUGAAAUCCAUGAAGGCGCAGGAGUACGAUUACCACCAGUCUCUGAUGGGCCGGCUGUGGAGGCACCAGAAGGAGCAGCUGCAGGAGGGCCAGAGCGGGACCCCGCCCGUUCUGCAGUUGACGAUCCAGUACAGGAUGCACCCGGAGAUCUGCCUCUUCCCUUCCAAGUACAUCUAUGACCACGCCUUGAAGACGGACAGGCAAACAGAGGUGUCCCGAUUCUCCUUAGAUUGGCCUUUCCAACCAUACUUGCUCUUCGACGUGUUGGAUGGCAGGGAAGAGCGGGACAAUGGGUCCUAUGUGAAUCCCCAGGAAAUAAAGCUGGUGAUAGAAUUGCUGAAGCUCAUUAGGGAAAGGCGGAGCAGCAUCGGUCGCAACAUCGGCAUCAUCACCCCGUACAGUGCACAGAAGAGGAGAAUCCAGAAGCAGCUGGAUGCAGAGUUUAGAGAAAAUAGCUUCGGGGAAGUCGAUACAGUGGAUGGUUUCCAGGGCCGCGAGAAGGACUGCGUCAUCGUGACCUGCGUCCGUGCCAACAGCACGCAGGGAUCCAUCGGGUUUUUGAGAAGCCUUCAGCGUCUGAAUGUCACAAUCACACGGGCCAAACACAGCCUUUUCAUCCUCGGAAAGCUGAAAACGUUAAUGGAGAACCAUGAUUGGAAUGAGUUGAUUCAGGAUGCGCGGAAAAGGGGGAGCAUCAUCCCGGUGCCCAGCCACAAGUACAAAAGCUGUGCUCUGAGGAUCCUGAAGGCCAGGCUGCUUCCCCGCCCUGGAGCUGCGGUGCCAGAGAGAGCCACGCAAGGCCAAACGGGCAUGGGCAGGGCUGAGCAGAGUGAAGCCUCAAGCCGAGACCCCCAGCGCCCCCCAGCCAGUGCUGGUGCUCCCAGCAGGGGGAGCUGUGCGCCUCCGCCUCCCUCUGGACCUCAGGAGCACUCCUCCCGGAAGCUGUGUGCACAAGCCACGCCUCCUGUGGAGACACCGCGGGACCCCCGACUGGCCCAGAGGGCAGAGGCAGCCAUGGAUCUCCGGGCUUGCAGGGACGUUCGUUGCUCACCCUCCAGCAGCUCGGGAGCAGUGCUGCCACAGGGCCCUGGCAGCCCCGGGGCUCAAAGGAGUUGGAGCAAUGCCAUGCAGGAGCCAGCUUCCAGGACGGAAACGCCUGGCCACUCUGCCCCAAGGGUGCAUCCACCGGGAAUUCCUUCCUGCGCCAGGCCUCACAAAGCCCAAGAGCAUGACUGGCGAGUCCCUGACAAGGCAGAGACUUUGGGCAGCGGGGACCCGCGAAGCCCCACCGAGUGGGGACAAGCCCAGGACUAUCACCCCAGGCUCAGGAGGCCCUCGGAGUUUCUGGAGAACCAGAGUCCCCUGGAUAUCAAGCGGCGGCGGACCAACUACUAGCCAUGUGGUGUGUCCCCCCCCCCCCCCCGGUACGUUGCAAGACCCCACUAGUUACAGUGGGCGUCUUAUUUCUGGACUGCAAGGCCAGCUCUGAGGGAUUUUAGACCAGUAUGUUAGGCGGAUGCUCCUAGUGCAACAGACCUCUUUGCUUAAAAGAACACACACUCUGUAAAUGUCAGAAGCCAUGUAUAUUUGUAUAGCAUAAAGAAAUUUAUUUUUAGAGUCAUAAAGACAGAGGCCACAGCUAAAUUGUUUGCCCCACCUCAUGACAUGUAAGCAGGUAUCGUGUAAUGGACCCGGCCCAUGUGGGUGCCGGUUAGGCCUCGGCGAUCAGUGGCCAGGCACACACAAAACAAAACAAAACACGUGAGCGAGUCCAUCGUCACUCCGGCUUUAGCCCAAAGAUUUAAGUUGACAAUGUGGUUUUGCUUCUUUCUUUGCCCACAUUCUGAGGCCUUUUGCUGCUGGAGAAAUACUGGUUUCUCUGCUUCAAAUAUAUAAAAGAGUCUCUUUAAAUAAAAAAAGUCCAACCUAACAUACAGUCCAUAAAUCUCUCUCUCGUUGCAAUGGGGUCCUCUUCCUUUUUCCUUUCGCUUAAUGCCAGCCCUCUGCAGGUGCCUUGUGGGAAAUGGAGUAAUGGGCAUGGAACAGAAGGCGUGUUGUGCAGCCGAUUUUUAAAAUCGCUUUCCUCGGUUUGUUACGAGUGCAGUUUUCUGCACGCACCAAGAUUUGGGCUGCUUCUUGAGAUGGGUCUCUGCUUGGCCUCUGCUUUUUGUAUCCGGCUCUUGUUAUUCCCUCGCCUUCCUGCCCACAGUCUGGCAUCCAGAAAUCUGGAAGGAGAAACGUGAACCAAGCAGCUGGUUCCCCCUUGUAGAGCACGGGACAAACUGGGAUUGUACCGCCGAGUGUUACCAUUGUUCAUAUUUUCAGAAAUAUUUUGGUCUGUUACUUCUGCUCUGUAAUACCCUAACUGUAAAUAAACUGGCAUCAACAGUUUUUUAAAGGUUAAAAAAAAAACCAAAAACCUCAAGUAAAGAAGUUGUUUUUGCAAUAUGCUUUACUCUUUUGAACUGCAGGGCUGGGGGGAGACAGUGCUUUCUAAAUAAUAAGCAGUUCCCUUUACCAUUUUCCCAUAUUCUCACAUCCAUCGAACAUUAUAGAGUUGUUGGCUGUAUUGCUGUUUUGUGUGCUUCAAAACAAUAUUCUCAUACUAUUGGUUUGACCCGGUUUACACAUAAUAUGAACCCAUGUUUUGGGUCGUUGCAUUCCGGCUUUGUUGUGCGAGGUAUGAAUCUAGCUGUGUUAAUGAACAAUUAAGUACAAACAAUUCAGAAAGAAAAUCCGUAUUUGUUGUUUGUAGGUGAACUUUUGAGCUGUUUAAGUCAUGGAUUGUCAUUUUGCCCAAACCUGUGGGUGGUUUUAUCAGGCUCCGGAGGUGGUCAAAUCUGUUACUCCGCAUGCCAAGUACUACAGUAGCACAAAGACAUUUUGGAUGCAAGGAGGGAGGAGGAGGAAAACAACCACGGUUUGUUCAGUUGUGUGCCAAAGAAACCCUGGGUAGCACAAUAAACUGUGGCUUAGAUCAGACAUAGGCAACCUAGGCCUUUAUGUAAAUAAACCAGUCAGAUCAUUUCAAGUUUUCAUCCACUUUUCUGUUUCAUAACUAGCAUCUACAUGAAGUAGGCUUUGAAUGCUUAGCUUAUUUUUCAUCUGCGCAGUAGUCAAAUAUGAUAAAUUUUCCCGCAAGAUGUUCACUCUUUAAAUGGUUGGAGGAUUAGAUCAGCACUGCAGUAAAUAUGUACUGUAAAUCUGCUAAUAGAAAUACAAGUUUCUGAAAGGGGGCAAACUCAUUUUCUCUGGCUUUUUCAAUGUCUUUUCAACAUGUGCACUUUGAUUCUGAUCCAAAAUGCAAGGGGCCAUCCGGUUUAUGCUGUAGUUUGAUAACGGGACAGCUGAGCUCUCUAAAGCGUGGUAAAUGCAUAAUCUGCCAGCAGGGACCGUCUUUGUUCAACUCUGCCCUUGUCAUCUCAUGUCAUCCUGGUACAGGUGCACUAAGCCCAACCUCAAGAGUUCCGAAGCUCGAUGCCUUUUUGUAAUGAAGUCUCAGUUACAAAACAACAGCAGGCCAUUCUUAUUUGCUGUGUUAUAGCGGUCAGGUUUGGCAUGCAGAGCGGUCCCCCAUAGCCACACCCCCAAAGAAGCCCAGAUGCAGGCUUCUUCACUGAUCCAGGUCAACUAAUUCCCAGAGCAGGUAUUAACUGGGUUCCGACAACGCAAAUUACACUCGUGGGUUGUCAUUAAACCGUGGAUUGUUGUUGAAAUGUGAGCUAUCAUUCUGUUGGAACCAUGAACAAUCACAGUGCACAACCUAAUAAAGGCUGGAUGUUCUUCA